UUCAUUUCAUUCACUAUCAAUCUUUCCUCCGGUGACCGGUACCCUGUUUAUUCUGCCCACUGACAGUGGACAAAACACACGCAUGUCACAUGCUGCGUCCAAUUUUAAAAAUCGAAUUACAAAUAGUGUUUAACUUCCGAAAGUGUUGUGAUUCAUAAAAAUGAAGACCAUCAUCCUCUUCGUAUUAUUGGGAUGUGGGAUUACCCUGGGUUUAAAACAAUGCUGCCCGGACAACGUUGUAAUGAGAUCAGGCGGUUACUGCCGAACUACACGAGUCAAUAUGAACUGCACUUUGGGGCAUAUGCUUUUGAAAGAUGUUAUUGUGAAUGGAACCAGCUUGUCUACUAUGGAUUCUCCUGGAUACGCAUUCACAGAUGAUCCAGAUCGUUACUGCCUGAGCCAAAUGUAUAGAAAUCAGAGUUUACCUCUGCUAGGCACGAUUCCAGUUGCUGUGAUGUGUUAUGAGGAGAUAAAACCCUCCAAUGAUAUUGAGACUAGUGGUAUUCUCACUCUGGUGUCAGUUGUAUUCCUGCUUGCUACUUCGGCAGUUUACAUUUACCUACCACAACUCAGAGACCUACAAGGAAUAUGCUACAUCUGUAUGUGCAUGAGUAUGGCACUUGGUUUUCUAUCACUCGGCAUUAUGCAGAUAAGUCCUGGAUUUAGGGGCGACAUGUGCACAGUAGCAGGUUUCCUAGUCUAUUUUUGGAUGAUGGCAACAUUUUUCUGGAUGAAUGUGAUAAGCAUCAACAUGUAUCGCACAGUACAGGAUGCAACAUAUCUGAAAAAGACGGAACGAAAGCAGUGCUUUAUCUACAACAGUUAUGCUUGGGGUUGCACCUUGGCUUUCCUUGUGAUAGCCCUAACCACGAACUUCGUCGAGGGAAACCAUUACAAGCCCGGUAUAGGGGAAGGCUCCUGCUGGUUUAACGGGCGCGCUGAAACCUGGCUUUACUUCUAUGGCCCCGUCGCGAUCCUCAUUGCUAUUAACGUCGUCCUUUUUAUACUAUCCUCCUACACCUUAUGGACUCACAAUAAGAAAUAUGAGGUUAACAAACUAAAUUAUCUUAAGCGCAAAUUCCUUGUAUCGCUUAAACUAUUUCUUGUAAUGGGAAUUAAUUGGAUAUUUGAAAUAGCUAGUUUUGCACAUGGAGAGAAACAUAUCCUUUGGAAAAUAAUGGACACCUUCAACUGCCUCCAAGGUAUCGUGAUAUUUCUGAUAUUGGUAAUUCUAAGACGUCGUGCAAUGCGAGGACUUGCCGAAGAGGGAUUCUGUCUCUUCAUCACCAGACCACUGGCUAACAAAUUAAGCCCAGAUGAUGACGCUGAUGAAGAGCAAAUGCUAGAUGAUACAGUAGAAGUCAGGCUUAAUUAAUAUGGUAAAGCAGGGUAUAUUUUGUAUACGUUGUAAAUAUAUCAUAUAAAUCUAUUUGUAUUAUCAAGAAUGGUUUUUAAUGAGCACAGAUGCAACCAAAAUCACUUAUUGAAGGAAGACAUAUGGUAUUUUACCUAAGCGCUCUUCAGUGGAAUAAUUUCAGUAGAACUAUUUUCAUAAAUAUAAUUGAAAAUAUUUUAAAGACCUCUUAAUACAAAAUUAUAUUAUAUUGCUGCA